CAGGCCGAGCGCUCGGAGCUGCAGGGGCGCAGCGGAGUCCCCAGGCAGCUGCUGAUUGAGAUGGAGCAGGCGCACCACCACAUGGCCUACUGCCAGUACAUCGCCGAGGACGCCCAGCAGCACCUCGGGGUCCUCACCCGCCAGCGCGAGGAGAUGGACCUCAUGGUGCAGAAGAUCGAGGCGGAGAAGGAGGCGAAGGCCAAGGAGGUGCAGGCCCAGAAGGAGUCCGAGAGCCAGCAGGCCCGCGGCAGGGACGAGGAGAUGGAGGACCAGGCCUUGCUGCUGAUGCAGACAGGCUCUGAGAUACAGCUGGGCAGGAACCUCGAGCAGACCUGGAAAGACCACAUGGCCGGCGGCAAGGACAAGGGCAAGAAGGACGCCAAGGGCAAGGCCUCCAGGGAUGCGCCCAUCCGGGCUGACGCCGUCGAGGCCGCGUUCGACCAGCUCCGCGGUGAGGGCGAGGCGGGGGAGGAGCAGCACUCGCUCUCGCUGCAGGACGUCGACCAGGACCAGGGCGGAACUGGGAGGCGCGGCAGGAGGGGCAAGAAGGACAAGAAGAAGGACAAGAAGGGCAAGAAAAAGGAUAAGAAGCACAAGAAGCGCGGCCGGGAAGAGUACGACGACGCGAAGGAGGGCGAAGAGUCUGGCGCCGAGCACGCCGAGCCCACGGAGCGCUCCAACCGCGACCUCUUCGACGACGGCCCAGCGGAGCCCAUCCUGCCCACGGCCGACGCGAACGAGCCCGUGGAGGGCGACUCGGACGAGGUGGAGGACCGCAAGGAGAAGAAGCACAAGAAGGACAAGAAGGGCAAGAAGGACAAGAAGGACAAGAAGGCCAAGAAGGAGGCGAAGAGAGCCCGGCUGGACAAGGAGGACCAGGAGGCGGAGCAGGAGCUGUUCGGCGGCGAAGACGGCGGCAGAGACAUGGAGGAGGAGCUGUUUGGCGGGGCGUCGGACUGACCAGUCGGCGCCGCCCGCGCCCAGCCCGAGGUGGCUGCCUUGCAGGGGGAGAGGCUUGCUGGUGAGGGUGGG